UGAAAAUUGUUGAAGUAACGUGGCGGGUCAUUCGUCGUGCCCGUGAAUGUUUUAAGCUGGACCUGCCGGUUCGAAAAUAUUUAGGUUACUUAACCUAAUCUUGUCUACGUAGGCGGUACAUUGAUAAUAUAUCCCGUCCUUAUCAAGAAUUAUUCAAAAUGGUUCGCGUUACAUUUUUGCAUCCCGACUUGGGCAUAGGUGGAGCGGAACGCUUGGUCGUUGACGCGGCAUUAGCGUUAAAACAAAAAGGUCACGAGGUUAACUUUGUAACGACCCAUCACGACCUGGAACAUUGCUUUUCCGAAACGAAAGAUGACACAUUUCCUGUCACCGUUGUCGGUGAUUGGUUACCGAGAAAUAUUUUUGGAAAAUUUUAUGCACUGUGUAUGUACAUUCGCAUGGUAUAUGCAGCAAGCUACGUACUCUUUCUAGAUAAUCGGCCAGAAAUAGUAUUCUGUGAUUUGGUAUCGGUGUGUAUUCCUAUCCUCCGACUUCGUAUUCCAUAUGUUGUUUUUUAUUGUCAUCAUCCUGAUCAACUUCUCACGCAACAUGGAGGUUUCUGGAAGUCUUUGUAUCGGAUGCCAAUAAAUGCUUUAGAGGAGAUUACAACAGGGCAAGCACAUAAAAUAUUUGUCAAUAGUUUAUAUACCAGAAAAGUCUUUAAAAACACCUUUAAGAAAUUGGAUGUCGAGCCUGAAGUAUUAUAUCCUUCUUUUAAUACUAACUUUUUCGAUAAAACACGAAUUGUAUCCUUGGAGAGAACUUUAGAUAGGAAAUUGCCAGAGAAAAGUAUUAUUCUAUUAUCUAUAAAUCGAUAUGAAAGAAAAAAAAAUCUACCCCUUGCACUAGAAGCUCUUGCACAACUUAAACAUUUUUUGACUGAUGAGGAAUAUAAGAGAGUAUAUUUGAUCAUGGUUGGUGGCUAUGAUAAACGGGUUGAAGAAAAUGUUGAGCAUUAUUUGGAAUUGAUUGGGCUUGCCGAUGAACUGCACAUCACUGAGAAAGUAAUUUUCUUACGAUCUCCUUCGGAUAUAGACAAAGUUUCCCUUUUACAUCAUUGUCAUGUGGUUGUAUACACACCACCUAAUGAACACUUUGGGAUCGUACCAUUAGAGGGUAUGUAUUCAGCAAAACCUGUAGUUGCUCAUAAUUCUGGGGGACCCAAGGAAUCCGUGAUCAAUAGUAAGACUGGCUAUUUAGUUGACUUAUCUGGUACAGAUUUUGCAGAAAAAAUAGCAAUUUUAAUUAAAGACCCAGAACUAAUGUUAAGGUUUGGCAAAGCUGGAAGGGAAAGAUUUUUGCAGACUUUUAGUUUUGCAGCAUUUAGUGAACAUUUGAACAGUGCAAUACAGAAUUUUGUAGACAGUAAGAAAUCACAGUGAUAAAAAACAUGCACCUGCAACUGGUUAGGUAUUUAGGUGAUGCAUUGCGUGGUAAUUCCUUUUUAUCUUGUAAUUGUAGUGGGUUGUAUAAGUUUGUAUGUGCAUUUAAAAAAAAAACCACAAACUCAUUACAUGCUCCAAUACAGGUAAUAUGUAGAUUAUAUUAUAACAGUUUAUAUUUUAUAUCCAUGAGGAAAAUAUUUAUACAAAUUCUAGGGAGA